CACAGCGCCCCCUUCUUUGUUGUGAAAUAAAGUGCGAAUGUGUCACAACUCGACGAGUCUUUGUUUUGGGAUUGUGACCAACAGAAGUGAUCAAACUGGGCGAAAAUCGAAUAUGUUAUAGUUUAUGAUAUUCUACAUAAACUUGAACACCAAAAACAGAACCAUGGCCAGUGCAAAAAGUUCAACGAAAGGAGAAUAUCAUGUAGCAGGAAAGUAUCGAUUAGUAAGAAAAAUCGGGAGUGGAUCGUUUGGCGAUAUAUACCUGGCCAUGAAUAUUGCAAAUGGAGAGGAGGUGGCUGUUAAGUUAGAGUCUGUCAAAGCCAGGCAUCCCCAGCUGAUUUAUGAGAGCAAGUUGUACAAGAUUCUACAGGGAGGGGUCGGAAUCCCACACAUAAGGUGGUGGGGAGUGGAGAAGGAUUAUAACGUUCUAGUGAUGGAUCUACUUGGGCCCAGCAUAGAGGAUCUCUUCAACUUCUGCUCUCGCAAAUUCAGCUUGAAAACCGUUCUCAUGUUAGCGGAUCAGAUGAUUAAUAGAAUCGAGUUUGUUCACACCAAAAAUUUCAUCCACCGAGACAUUAAACCCGACAACUUCCUGAUGGGGAUCGGCCGGCAUUGCAAUAAGGUUUAUCUAAUAGACUUUGGUCUAGCCAAAAAAUUCAGGGAUAGCCGCACCAGACAGCACAUUCAGUACCGCGAGGACAAAAACCUGACAGGCACAGCCCGAUACGCCAGCAUCAACGCCCACCUGGGCAUUGAACAGAGUCGCCGCGACGACAUGGAAUCCCUGGGAUAUGUGCUCAUGUAUUUUAACAGAGGUUCUCUCCCUUGGCAAGGGUUAAAGGCUGGCACAAAGAAACAGAAAUAUGAGAGGAUCAGUGAGAAGAAGAUGUCCACACCUGUCGAGGUCCUGUGUAAGAACUUCCCUGCCGAGUUUGCAAUGUACCUUAACUACACCCGAGGUCUGAGGUUUGAGGAGCCCCCCGAUUACAUGUAUCUGAGACAGUUGUUUCGAAUCCUCUUCAGGACAUUGAACUAUCAGUACGAUUACGUAUUUGAUUGGACGAUGCUCAAACAAAAGGCAGCUAACUCCGCAACAGUCGCAAACGGUGGAACAACACACAUGGCUACAGUUGGUCGCUGAAAAAUGAGGGAGAGAAAAAGGCAACAGCAACUUUAGAAAUCAGUUCUUUUCUUUCUGUGUGUGAAAAAAAUGGUGGAUUCAUCAAGUUUCUUCUAGGUCAUGUGACCUACUUAAAAGUCUGGCCACCAGGAGCGCUUCAUGCCGGCAAUUCUCCCUACAGAGGGUGCAGCUGAUUAUCAUCCUGUCGCUAUGUAAGGAAGGAUCUCGUCUUCAAGUGAAGACUCUAAAAACUGUGUUUCUUUAUUGGGUGCAAUUUUGCAUGUACAUUCAA